AUGCGUGAAAUUAUUUCUAAUCUUGAAAAUAAGAUAAAAUCAGAAAAUGGAGAAUUCGAAAGAUGGUAAACUGAAUUCUUGAUUAAUUUAAAUUGUCUUUAGCAAGAAUCAGUAGAAUUAGGGGAAUUUUAUAUUACAGAGAAAAGUGAGCAAAAUUUAAUUAAAAUAAUUUAAGUUCUGGAUAAAUUCAAUGAUAAAGUUUUAAUUUUUCAUUAGACUUGGUUAUAAAUAUAUGAAUUAAGAGAAAGAUUAUUUAGAUAGAAUGAAUAAAAGAUAGUAAAUUAUUCGAAUUAUUUAAUAAACUAUCUAAAAGAUGUAAAGAAAUUCUUAUAAAAAUUUGUAGGAUAUAUCGAAAUUAUGUGAUAUAAAGAAAAUAGAAUAAUUAGGAUAUAAAUUAGCAUAAUAAUUGUUACAUUUUUCAGAAAAAUAAUUUGAUUUUUUGUUCAAAUCUGAAUUUUUAGAUAUGGCAUAUGAAUUAUAAAAAUAUUUUACUUAGAAUGAUGAGAAAUACAUAAUAUAACCUAUAAUAUAAUAUUUGGAUGAUUUUCUGAUAUAAGAAAAAAUCUAAUUAUCAUUUUUAACUUUAUUUUUAGAGGGAUUUGGAUUAGUAAAAAUAAAGAUAUUCGACUAAGAGUUUUAUUGUUUUCAUAUUCAUAAAGCAGAGUUUAUUAUAAACAAUAUGAAAGAAAUGUAAAAAGGUUUUGAUGAAACAUUUACAAAAUAUUAAAUAUAAUUUUUAACAAAGUAAAAAUAAAAUUUUGAACACAAAUUAUCAAUGAAAAAGAUUUCUUAAAGAUAGCUGAAUAAAUAAAUUAAUAUUUUUCUAGAUUAGAAUGUAUAACAUUAAUAUUGAAUUCUUAAAAGAGACAAGAAUAAAAGUUAUCAGUGUUUAUAUAAAAUUAUGGUUAAAGAUGUACAUAGGAUUUAUUGGAACUUGAAAAGAAUUCAAAUAAAUUUUUAGAUUUAUAAGGUUUGAAAUUACAUAAAUCCAGCGAAUAAAUAACAGAAAUGAUAAAAAAUUAUCAAAUGUUAUUUUAUAAAAUGCAAUAGACUAAUUUAUGCAAUUUAGGAUAGGUAAUAACUUAAGAAACAGAUGAAAUAGUCUAAUUAGGAGAUGAUAAAAAUUAAGAAUUAAAGAAAAGAAUUGAUUAAUUAAUGUAAAGUAUUGAUAAAGGUCUUAUAAAUGCAUAAAGUUUAAAAAUAAAAUAAGAUGAAACUGUAAUGAUUGAAAAAUAAUUAAUGAUGGCACUUGAUAAAUUAUAUAUAAUAAAGAUUAAAAAAAAAGGGUAUCAUAAUUAAGUGAUUAUACAUUAAAACAAAAAUAAUAAAUACAAUCAAUAUCAGUUUUAAAUUCACCAAAAUUUGAAACAAAUAAUAGUAAAUAGAUUAGAUAAAGUACAGCAAAAAGUUUAAUUGUGA